AUGAACGUAGAGUGGGGAAAUGGUUGGAAAAUCAUUAGGGGGCAAAUCUACAACAACGAAAAUUCUUGUCGUACUCUUAUUCGCAUGAGCUCAGAAGCAUUCAUCCGUUUAUGUGAAGUUCUUCAGCAAAAGUAUGGAUUACAAGAGUCACAUAAUAUGAAAGUCGAUGAGAGUGUUGCAAUAUUCUUGAUUCUUUGUGGCCAAAAUGACACUCAGUAUGACAUCAGUUUAAGAUUUGGCCAUGCCCAAGAAACUAUAUAUAGAAAAUUUCAUUGUGUUCUUGGGGCAAUGGUACGAUUGGCUGUUGACUAUUUACGGCCAAGAACAGCUUAUGAGUUAGAAGCAAUAUCCAAUAGUUUAGAAGGAGAUAGACGGUAUUGGCCUUGGUUUGUGAACCGAAAAGGAACAGCAAGUCUUAACGUCCUAGGAAUUUGUGAUCACGAUAUGCUAUUUACGUAUUGUUUUGUUGGAAUGGCUGGAUCAACACAUGACUCACGAGUGCUGGAAACCGCUAUACGAGAUGAUCCAAUGUUUCCUAAACCUCCUGACGGAAAAUAUUAUCUUGUAGAUUCUGGCUAUGCAAAUAGACUUGGAUAUUUAGCUCCAUAUCGGAAAGACAAAAAAGAUGAUUCUUAUGUUGUAGUUAUUGAAUGCAUUGUGGAAAGAAAGGAGACGCUAAAGCCGUAG